AACAAUGUCUCCCAGCAGCAACAAUACCACCGGAAGUGCUGUGACUCCAGUCCCGAAGAACAUGUCCACCAGGAGUGAAGCUCUCGUGUGAGGUUUCCCAAGUCGUCCUGAUCCAGAAGUAACGCACGUUUCCAUUGGGGCACUAAGAACGCGUGUCGCUUACGCUUUCACUCUCAGCAAUGUAUCUACCAUAAGAGACUGGAAGGCGAGCAAGUUGAUCCGUUGAUUUUCGAGAAUGAUUGCGCAAGGUUCGGGUGCCCUCCCCUCACUAUACUAAAACUGACCAACCAGAUAGUAAAUAAAAUGAUGGAGUAGUGGUCAAGUACUAAAAGGAAGAUCCGUGAAAAGGAGGAGGAAGUACGAGGAGAAAUUCUUGAAUUUUAUCAUGAAACCACACGAACAAGCAAACUUCUAAACAAAGCCAUCGCAUGAUAACCGCACAGGAAGCUUAUUAUGUAUACAUUGAAAUCCACGAAAUUAUCGUUAACCAUAGAGAUGAAACAAUACCAGCAUCCGUUGCCAGGUCGAAGAGUGACUGAUACCUGAACUUGAUUGUAUCAACGAAAAAUGUUCUUCACACUUCUGUUACUCCUCGUCAGCCAGAGUACCUAUGGAGAUUCAACGCCGGAGUACGUGAAGCAAUGCUCAAGGAGUGAUCCCAAUUUGAAAAAGUGCCUGAUUGGCGCGCUUCAUCAUCUAAGACCGUACCUGAGCCAUGGGAUUCCGGAAAUUGAAUUACCAUCCGUUGAACCAUUUCGUAUGGACGAGCUCACGCUGUCUCUGACAGGUGGUAAGAACGGCUACAAGGUUCAACUGCGUGAACUGUUUGUCAGGGGUGCUAGUAACUUCACGGUUGACGAGAUCAGGCUGGGUUCACCGUUCCAAGCUGUAGUUCGAAUGCCGCUGCUUGUGUUAGACGCUCAUUACUCUAGCUCUGGAAUCCUGAUUAUUUUACCGGCGAACGGAAACGGAACUUUUCAUGCGAAAUUCACCGAUGUCAGGGCUCUUGUCCGUGGCGGCUUGUCUACUAAGAUUAAUCAAGGGAAAACUUAUUUGAAUGUUGAGAACCUGGACGUUGAACUGGCUGUCAGUGGCGUCAUGAUGCGGGUCCACAAGAUAUUCAAUAAUAACCGUAUACUGACGGAAGCAACGAACUUAUUCCUCAAGGAAAAUGGGCAGGAAGUACUCAAAGCUAUGGAGCCGCAAUUGAAAAGAAAAUUGUCCGGCCUCUUUGCAGGAAUUGUUAAUCAAUUGUUGCGACAUGUGCCCGUUGAGACUUUCCUUCUACCGUAACGGUAGAACUUCGUGAACUCAUGCAUUUCCGGUUUUUCGAUUACCGGCAUCUUAUUGUAAAUCUUAUUAGAACGUUGUCUGGUUUAAUGUAUUAGAUUCUGGAUAAUCUAUUGGCUUAUUCUCAGUAUAGGCGCGUCUCUGGGUAUUAGCAUAUAUAUUCUUGGCAAGCGUUAACUUUAUUAGUCAUUCUUAUUGUCUAUUUGAACACAGUUACGUACACUGUAUUUUAAUGGAAAAAAGAAAAGCUCAGUGUAUCUUGGUCUCUUGAAUGAUUAAAUCGUCAAGAGAAUGAGCGUGCUUGAAAACUUAAAUAAAGAGAGUCUUAUUAUGGAAAA